AAGGGUUUUAUUCUUUUUAAGGCAGAGGUGAAAUUCAUCAAUUUCAAAAUGUCAUCAGUCAAACGCUUGGUUUAUGCAGUCAUCCAUUUCUUGAGAGAGCAGAGUCAGAUGGAUACUUUUACUCCUGAUGAACAAGAAAGCUUGGAAGUUGCAAUUCAGUGUCUGGAGACUGUUUUUAAGAUUAACCUGGAAGAUACUCAUCUCGCAUCUCCACAGCAUUUGAUAGAGAUGUUCACAAAUUCUUUUCACAAGAAUGACAUGCUGCCUCUCUCAGAUUCUUUACCAGAGGAUGUGGAAAAGGCUGACCAGCUGAAGGAUGAAGGUAACAAUCACAUGAAAGAAGAAAAUUACGGUGCUGCAGUGGAUUGUUAUACUAGAGCUAUAGAACUGGAUCCAAACAAUGCAGUCUAUUAUUGCAACAGGGCUGCUGCUCAAAGUAAGCUCAGCAACUACAGUGAAGCAAUAAAGGACUGUGAGAGAGCCAUAGCAAUAGAUCCAAAAUACAGCAAAGCAUAUGGGAGAAUGGGGUUGGCUCUGACCUCAGUGAAUAAAUAUGAAGAAGCAAUUACCAGUUACCAAAAAGCACUCGAUCUUGAUCCAGAAAAUGACUCUUAUAAGUCAAAUUUGAAAAUAGCAGAACAGAAACUAAGAGACAUGUCCAGUCCUACUGGAACUGGACUGAGUUUUGACAUGGCAAGCUUGAUAAACAAUCCUGCCUUCAUUAGUAUGGCAGCAAGUUUAAUGCAGAAUCCUCAAGUUCAACAAUUGAUGUCAGGGAUGAUGUCAAAUGCCAUCGGUGGCCCUGCUGCAGGUGUUGGUGGCCUGUCAGAUUUGUCCAGCCUGAUCCAUGCGGGGCAGCAGUUUGCACAACAGAUACAGCAGCAGAAUCCAGAGCUCAUAGAGCAACUGAGAAAUCAUGUCCGGAGCAGAUCAUUCAGUGGCAGCACUGAAGAACAUUCCUGACUUAAAGGAGGCAUAUACAUUGGAAUGGUAUAUAACCCCAAAAUGCAUACCAUAGUUAGUAGCAAAAGCACCAUUGUAACUCUUCUGCUUGAAUAGAAGACAGAAAAUUCUUUGUGCGUGUUCUGCAAACCAGAAUAAAUCUGUUAAACAGAUCUACUGCACAUAACUUGGAACAUAUCGUUUAUGUAUAGUUACUCCUCUGAAAAUUAAUACACUAAAUAGAUUGAGUGGUUUAUUAAAAUCCCUACAUACAUGUCAUUUUCAGUAUGUGCAUUAGAUUGAUCUCUGGGGCUUUUGAGGGGAUAGGAGUUUUGUGGUGGGCUGAUAAGCUUGCAUAAUAGCUUAAUUCUAAAAUCCUAGUGUAAAAGGCAUAUUAUUCUGAUAGCGAAAAUUUUCACUGACCAUAUUCCCUGCCAGAUGUGCUAUUGAAACAAUAGAUUAAUCAGCCUUUCUGAUGUAUAUCUGACAUGCCCCAUAUAACAAGCAUAAAUCAGUGGCAGCGUAUAGAGCGUAAAAACCAGUGCUUGGAAAGCUUGUUUCUUCAAGACCAUGGCGGGGCUGUCAACAAUAACAUGAAAUACUUUUCACUUCAUUUGGCAGGAGGGAGGGAGAGGAUUCCAUACAGAGGAGUACCACAAAUAAUCGUACAGAAAGAGAGGAUACUAAUCUGAAGUAGGAUAAUGCACAGAAAUCAAAAGGGAACGUGCUUGGGAAAAGGGAGGAGUGUUGAGAAGCUCUAGGAUUUUCUACUGCCAUGUAUACCCUUAAAUCAUCGUGGCAGCCCUGGAGGUCAGCGUUAUGGCACUAUUGGCAUAGGCAUGGCAAACUGUAUUACAUUCUAUAUGUAUGCAGUAUUUAACAUGAGCUUAAAAUCGAUAACUGCAAUGAGCUAAAACUGGUCCCAUGACUGUACAAAUAAUUCGUAUUGGAAAUUUACCCCAAAACUGCCUUAGAAAGAAUGAUUCUCUAUAUAACCUCAUGAGGUAAAUCACUCAAACAAUUAAGGAUUUUUAAAGUUUCAUUAUAUUAACGUACCUUAAGUGAUGGUUAUGUGGCCAAGUUGAAGCUCUUCUAGUCUUUGGUAGUUCUGUCUCCACCCUGGCGUUUCUUGCUUGGCUGAUCUUACUCUUUCAGACACCACUGCUUUUCUGUUGUGUGUGGUUGGUGUUUUUUUUUUUUUUAUUACCUACUUUUAUUCUACUUGCCAUUUGCAUUGCUUUCAACUUUAGGGAGAUUAUCAACAUACACAAUUGCCUUUUUGUAUAUCAAUACUAAUUUGAGGAGCCUGCUUUGAUUCCUAAUACAAAGUGAUCUCUGCUGGCUAGCUAGCCUGAAAGAAGCAUGAGAAGGAGUGACAGCAGAGACUCCCAAAUGGAGAAAGUCACAGGAAACGCUGGACCUCAUAUUUUAUCUAUCUAUCUGAUUCAUCUUGCAGUCAAAAAAUUUGGGGCUAAGUCAGGUACUUGACUCUAACAGAUGCUAGUUUUUGCAUCUAUUAUAUGAGUUUGUAGCUAUUAAAAUGGAAAAAAAAUGGAAUGGGAUCCAGGAGAAAAAUAGGAAAUCUAUAAUAACAUCUGUUGAAUAAAGAUUUAAAUCUUAAUCAAAUGACUUAAAUUUAGGCAAACUGUUGAAUAAAGUGUCUUAAACUAUUAAAUUCUCAUUAAAAUGCUGUUCUCUUUUACUCUCUCUAGAAAUUGCUGUAGCUGCAUUUUUUGAUGCUGUAGAAAUAAUUAUGUAAAGAUUAAAUGCAUUUUCAAAUAACAACUUCUAACUUCACAUAUGAUGACAAAGAGAAUUGCUAAACCUAAUCUUUCUUCAGAGGUAGUUCAGACUCUGCAUAUAAUCGCUUCAAGAUAACUGCUCCAGCAUGUUCUGUCACGAGAGAGCAGCAUCACUCCUAUCACAUGCAUCCAAUUAAAUUUCAUUUUUUCUUCUUCUCCGUUAUAUUUUCAACUGCUUAAAGUGAAUUCUAACAUUGGUAAGGGGAACCAAUGAACACAGGGUGGACUGGACAGCACUUGAGCUAUCACACUCAAUUUACCUUUGCUUUCUGAAAGUAAUCUUCAUGUCAUUGGUUAUCUUCCUACUUCAAACUAGUAGGAGUAUCAAGAACCCCUUGACUGAUAGUUCCUUAAGAAUUUUAACAUAUGAGAAUAAAAAAGUGACUGGCUGUAGAGGAUGUUCUGUCUUGGGUAAAUAUACUUCUUCCUCCUUUUAUUUUUAUUGUUCAUAUAUACAGCCUAUUAGCUUAAUGGAUUUAUGGCAGAACUAUCCCCAAGGUAAAAUAUUGGUUAACUAUGCUGCAAACGGCUCUUGAGAUCAUCUUUGUAAAGUGGUAAUUUCCAUUUCACAUACUAUAAUGUUGUCAAAUUUACAUUUUACAGAUUAUAUGUAACCAGAAUAUUUACUACAACUUUGAUGGCACUAGCUAACCCUUUAGGAAUGUGCUACCAUUGACACAGUACUUACUUAACUUAUAAACAUUGUGUUUUCUGUAUAUUAACAGAAAGGGCUUUAUAGCCUGAGGAAGGAAAAAAAAAAAGUGAAAAAAACCUAGUAACAGUAGCUGUCAUUACAUGCUUUUCCAUCUGAAUCCAGGAACAGAAGGACCAUUUAUGUUAAAAUCUGUUUUGCCUUGAAUAGGCUGGUUUGUUUCACAAAGCCAUGCAAUACGUCUUAAUCACAGGGUCAGGAAGGAAUCUUUUCCUGUGUAAUAACUGCACCUUAUUUUGCACUCAAAUUUUUCAUCCUGGUAGAUCCAAGUGGUAAACAACAAUCCAAGUAAACAGUGCUUUAAUUUGAGGUCAAUUGCAGUUUAUCAUUUAACUGAAUAAAUAUGCAUUUAAAAUCUCUUUGUAUCAUUACUAUUCUAUCAGCAAAUAAAUGUGAUUCAUUGAUAAUUGUUUAGAGAAGAAAACAUUUUGCACUCAUGAAUUGUAAACUCCUGUAACUAGCUUGCAUGGAAGUAUAUUCUUCUAACUGUACCUGAUCAGAAAAACAUCUAAUUAAAUAUUCAGCAUAGAAGUAGUUUCAGUGGUACUUUUUGGUUUUGUAAUAAUUAAAAAGUUAACUUCUUCAUAGGCAAGGUUGCAGUUGGUUUCAUUUAUAAAAACCUAUAUUAACUGUAACUAAUUCCUGUAAUUUUUGCAUAGUAGUUUGCCUGACAAAUCAUUCAUUCAUACUGAGAAAGAAUUAGUCAAACUUCCGAAGGAAACUUCACACUCUGCUUGAGGGCUACAGAUAGUCACAUAAGUUAUACUGGCAAAAUGCAGUUUGCCUGCCACUUCUGUGUCUCUCCUACCUCUUACUACCAUAUGGUUGUAUUCUCCUUUAACUUGUGUCAUUUAACUUGAAAACAGAUUAUAAAUAAAGCUAUUUACAUUUUU